AUAAUUGCCGCCGAGCUGUCAAUAGAGAAAAACAUGUCGCUGUCGCAGUAGUGCGUGAUCCUGUUUGCUUUUUGUUGUUCGUGUUUUUAAAAUGGCAUCUGUCUGUGUUGUAUUGCGGACUUGUGGGAUAUUAUUAUUAUUAUUAAUUAUGCAAGUGUCCGCUAAAAAUAAUUUAUCGGUUGAACCAUGGAUAGUGUCUUUAAACGUAGUGGCGAAAUCUUGUGUUGAUGUUAAGUGUAAAUAUUUAUUGUUAGUUAAUGGCAGUGAGUUUUUGGGGCACAAUUCUUGGAAAUUAACGUCCAAAGAAGGGUCUAGAGGCAGUUAUUGUGAUACUAUAUAUCCAAAUUAUGAAUUACACGAAGUAGAAACAACACAAUGGUUUUCAAAGAUAAAAAUAUUAAUACCGAAUGUGAACGAAAAAAUAUAUAUUUGUCUGAGACAUAACAAACAAAAGAAUAAUCCGGUGAACGGAUUAUGGAUACAUCAGGGCGUUGAAUUAUUUCUCAAUCCCAGUGGCGACGAUAGUAAAUUACAAGAAAAUAGAACCGAAUCGUUAAAUUUAAUGGAAGAUCAGGUGGCGAAGGAUAUUGAGCUUCAGGAAACAUCAACCUGGUCAGAUCUUUCUAGAGACAUUAGUGUAAACUAUAUCAAUGCGGUUAGACCAUCAGAUGAGGAGGCCAAAGAUAUAGAGGUCCUGAGAGACAAUAAAUAUGUACCUCUGAAUGAUAUAGGAACAGAAUUCAUAGAUAGAAACGAUAUUAAUGAUGGUAUAGAAAGCUUCAAUGAUAGGAGGAGAGAUAAUGAUGAUAAAGGAGAUAGUAAUGAUAUAAAUGAUAGAUUGAAAAGAGAUAUCAUAAAGGAUCUCAAUCAUGAGAUGUGGAAAAUGAAUGAUGGCAAGGUACCGGAGAGGCCUCCCGAGAUGUUUCAGAACGACGGUGUGGCUAACGUGGUCAAUCCGCAAGUUGGUGAUUUCACUGUGGUUAGAUCUGAUGCUGUACCGAUAUUCGUUGAGGGUCUGAGGGUGGAGGACGCAGCGAAAGAACCGAAGAUCAUAGAAGACGGUAUACCAAGUGUUUUAGCUGAUACGAAGGUUGUGCUCAGGUUAUUCGGCCAAGGUUUCACUCCGAGGACGGUAAUCGCAUUCACGCAAGAUCCCAUGGACUACGGCCAGCCGUGCAAGUUUCUUGUUAAGGGCGAAUAUAUGGCUAUGGAGGGAUCUGUAACAAAAUCUUCAGUGCUAUUCGAUAUUAUAGCUCCAUCACCGAUAGUAGGUUCGAAGUUAUAUAUAUGCGCAAAAAAUUUAAAACCGGGCGUCAGUGAUCCUAAUCAGGACGAGGAGAAAUACAUUCACCAGGGUACUGAGAAUUUUAAGAUAUUAGCUACCCACAACAAAUUAUUGCCGCUUUGGGUGUCACUAACACUGAUUCUCGUCUGUCUGAUGUUCUCCGCUCUGUUCUCCGGAUUGAAUCUCGGCCUGAUGUCUCUGGAUAGGACGGAACUGAAAAUCAUAUCCAAUACGGGAACAGAACAGGAGAGGAAAUACGCCAGAGCGAUAAUGCCUGUCCGUGAUCAUGGCAAUUAUUUACUAUGCAGCAUUUUAUUGGGCAACGUCGCAGUCAACUCCACAUUCACGAUACUCCUGGAUGAAUUGACUUCCGGUCUGUUUGCCGUUAUAUUCUCGACGCUGGCUAUAGUACUCCUGGGUGAGAUAACACCGCAGGCUAUAUGUUCGAGACACGGGCUCAUGGUAGGGGCUAAAAGCAUCGUCAUCACCAAGGCGGUGAUGGCGCUCACAGCGCCACUGGCGUUUCCGGUGAGCAAACUGCUGGAUUAUUUCCUGGGUGAGGAAAUUGGCAGCGUUUAUAACAGAGAGAGGCUCAAGGAACUCGUGAAGCUCCAGGUUACUACGGACGUCAACGACCUGGAUAAGGACGAGGUGAACAUCAUCUCCGGGGCGCUGGAGCUUAGGAAGAAGAAGGUCUCGGACGUGAUGACGAAGUUGGAAGACGUGUUCAUGCUGCCUAUAACGUCUGUGCUGGACUUCGAGACGAUGUCCGAGAUCGUGAAGUCUGGUUUCUCCCGUAUCCCGGUAUACGAGGGCACCCGCACCAACAUCGUGACCGUGCUCUUCAUCAAGGACCUGGCGUUCGUCGACCCUGAUGACAACACUCCUCUGAGAACCCUCUGCCAGUAUUACCAGAACCCCUGCAACUUCGUCUUCGAGGAUGUCACGUUGGAUGUCAUGUUCAAACAGUUCAAAGAAGGUCACAAGGGUCAUAUGGCGUUUGUCCACCGCAUAAACAACGAGGGCGAGGGCGAUCCGUUCUACGAGACCGUGGGUCUGGUGACGUUGGAGGACGUCAUCGAGGAGAUGAUACAGGCUGAGAUCGUUGAUGAGACGGAUGUGUUCACGGACAACCGUUCCAAGCGGCGUCGCAACCGUCCCCAGAACAAGCUGCAGGACUUUGCGGCAUUCGCCGAGCGUCACGAGAACCAGAGGAUCCAUAUAUCUCCGCAGUUGACUUUGGCCACCUUCCAGUUCCUCAGCACCAGUGUGGAUGCGUUCAAGCCGGAUACGGUAUCAGAAACGGUGCUGCGUCGUCUGCUGAGACAGGACGUGAUCCACUACAUCAAGAUGAAAGGGAAGAGCAAAAGAGAGGCCAGCACGUACGUGUACCAACAGGGGAAAGCGGUGGACUACUUCGUACUGAUCCUCGAGGGGCGAGUGGAGGUGACGGUCGGCCGAGAGAACCUCAUGUUCGAGGCCGGACCCUUCACGUACUUCGGAGUGCAGGCGCUCACGCAGAACGUGGGAGUCGCGGAGUCCCCCACGCCGUCCGCGAUGGGCUCCCUCCAGAACAUCAACAUGGAGGCCAUGCUGAGACACACCUUCGUCCCGGACUACUCAGUGAGAGCUGUCUCCGACCUGUACUAUCUGGCUGUUAAGAGGUCCCUCUAUUUGGCGGCGAAGAGGGCCACGCUUAUGGAAAAGGGGGCCCUGUCGAAAGGCGCCACUAAUGAACAGUUCGACACUGAAGUUGAUAAGCUUCUUCAGUCCGUUGACGAAGACAUGAGUAUAAGUGGGGAAAACAAGACUCCAUCCAGACAGGUGUCCCCUAACCCGGCGGUGCCGCCUUCGCCGGCGACCCGCGCCUCCUUCUCCCGGAUGUCCCCAGACAGGAACGGGGAUAUAUUCGGAAGAGAUGAACAAGAGAAGCUGCUGAAACACUGACCCAUAUACAUCAGGGGUCAAAUCCCAUACAAGUUACUUAACCCCAAAGAUAUAUCUUGAUCCAUAAACAUAAUGAAGGUCAGAUACCAUACAAGUUAGAACCAACAAGAGAACUCCUUAAGGUCAAGUUACUUAGCCAACAAUUUCUUAAAUGUAAUCCGGUCAAAUAUACAACCGUUUACAUGUAAUUAAGUUAUAUGCUUAAUGUAUAUAUCUGUGCAUGUGCAUGAUUCAUAUACAUAUACAUAUAUAUAUAUAAAUAUAUAUAUAUAAUAAAAUGAGUUGGCCUUAAUAAUGUUAGCCAUUGAAAGUAAGAUAUCCGCACUUAUAGUAUGAAGAGAAAUAUUAAAAAUCACUAUAAGUAUUUAAUUAGUUAUGUUUCCUUUGUAUUGUUUGAUGAUUAUUCUUAUACAUAUAUAUAUAUAAAUAUAUGUCUAAAUUAAUUUAAAUUAAUUCCUUGUCUAGUCUCAAUGUUCCUUUAUUUCUAUCCGGCUAUUAGAUUUAAAAUAAGGACAAUAAGAUAUUAAGAAAAAAUAUAAUAUCAUCACUUCAGUCACACCAGCUGAACGGUGGACAGCCAACGGCCAGUCCAGUUCCACGGAGCCGAUGGCUGUGACCGAACGUGAUAUAUGAAAUCUGAUUUAAUUGUAACGAAUGCACUUAAUAUUAAUGGAUUAAUAGAUUUUAAUUAUUAUUACUAUUAUUAUUCUGUAAGAAAUAUAUGAAAUGGCGACUAAAUCUCACUUAAAAUUAUUGUUGACAUGAUUGUAGAGCUAAUUUUUUUUAUUUUUUUUUUGCUUUUUGUUUGAUAUAAUCUAUCAGCGCUUAGAUUAAGUGAAAUUAGCGAGCAUUUAGUUUGUGUCAAAGGUUUUUUUUUAUAAUGUCCGUUUUAUUCGAUGAUAGUAAAUUAUUAUAUUUAAAA